AUGGAUUUCCAAGGAGAUGUGUUUGCCUACUGGGGUCGAAACAUCAUCGAAGAUUAUAAUGACGCUCUCCUUCAAAAUAUCUCCCUCGCCCCAACUGCUUUUGAAGAGACUUCGCAGCUACCUGCACUAUCCAAACAUGGUUAUGGCCCGCCUGGUACAGUUGGAAUUCUAGGCGCAGGGGUUGGUGGUCUAUACACCGCCCUCAUCCUAGAUUCGCUGGACAUCAAGUAUGAGAUCUUGGAGGCGUCGGACCGCACUGGUGGACGCCUUCUUACCUACGACUUCCCAAAUGGUGGCGAAUACGACUACUGUGAUGUUGGCGCCAUGAGGUUCCCCCUGCCGAAGAAGGAAGCUCAAGGCAAUUACAAGAUGGGCAUCAUGAGGCGCUUGGGGGAGUUAAUCAACUACUCAAAGCUCAACAACAUCGACGCUGUUGAACCAACUCCUCCGACAACUGUAAAUCGUAGGCCAUUCACUUGGGGUUCAUGCAGGGCACCUUUAAACUCCCGCCUUAUCGAUUAUCAUAUGACGUCAAAGAGACAUGGGCAUUUCCUCUACUUUAACAAUCAACGUUAUCGAGUCUCUCAGACAUCGCGCCCUCCUGACUUCCAUGCCCAGGAAUUGGGUGUGGAUCCUCAGUACAUUGCCGCAGGAGCUGAGAAUAUUGUCAAGGACGUCAUUAGUCCGUUCGCUAAGGACCUCAUGAAAGACUUGGAGCAAAAUGUCGAUUCGGGCUGGAAAAACAUGAGGGAGCACGAUGGACACUCCCUUCGCUCGUUCAUGUCAUUUAAGUACACUCCCACCAUCAGCCUCCAAAUUCCGCGCACGUCUCUUUCCACCAAUACUAUCAAUUGGUGUGAAGUAUUCAAUAGCAGCACGGGAUCGUUUGACCUAGCCUUAACUGAAUGGGUUGUCGACACGCUGUCAUUCGGUGAUGUCGAGUCGCAGACCUUUGGACACGUAGAAUGGAAGUGUUUGAAAGGAGGUUCUCAAGUGCUCACCGACUACAUGGAGGCAUACCUUACUGCUAACGGCACCAAGUCUCUCAUCCAGUUCAAUAAGAAGGUCACGAGUAUCUCUCAAAGUGGAGACGUCGCAAUGAAUGUUUCUGUGCGCGGCGAAUGUACCCCGCGCACAUACUCACACGUUAUAUCGACUAUCCCUCUGCCGGGCCUACGGCUGAUUGAACUCGCAGGUGCCGGUUUGAAUGUGAUGCAGAAAAAUGCAUUGCGUAAACUGCGAUACGAUACUUCGGUCAAGGUUGGCAUGCGAUUUCGAUCAGCGUGGUGGACCGAACUUUUCGAUAUUAUAGGCGGUCAAUCAUCCACGGACCUUCCCAUUCGAAAUAUUAUCUACCCCUCUCACGGUGCUGAAUCUAGCACGCCGUCCACAGUGCUACUUGCGAGUUACUGUUGGGGAAAUGAUGCAGAACGCUUGGGAGCGCUCAUCAACACCGGUAAGAUAGAGUAUGAGGAACAAUUAAAGGAACUCGUGCUGCGCAAUCUCGCAGAAGUGCACAACGUGGAUUAUAGUUUCUUGUUGGAUCAGUACGUAGACAUGCAUGCAUGGGACUGGGGCGACAACCCGCUCACCGCGGGUGCCUUUGCAUCCUUUGGGCCCGGGGAUUUUAGUGAUUUAUACACGGCUCUCACCGUGCCAAAUGCCAACAAGAGGUUCCAUUUUGCUGGAGAGGUCAUUAGUACCCGUCAUGCGUGGGUCGUCGGUGCAUUGGACGGCGCAUGGCGCGCGGUGUAUGAAUACCUGCUUGCAUCCGGGCAGCAAGAUAAAAUUCAAAGAUUCUUUGAUCUGUGGGGUCAGAACGUAGAGUGGACAUGCCAAUCUAAACAUGGAAAGCACGCCCCAACUGAUCCGAACACCAUUUUACGAGUUCAUAUGGGAUGCACAUAUGCUGGUGAACUUGCUGGACAGGUGAAGUUUUGA